UGUCCGGCUUUGCGGUGCGGUUCCGUUCGAGCGCGUUUCGUCUUGUUUCAAUCUGUGAUAUACCCAACAUAGUCCCCACUGACUAUAUCCUGCAGAAUCCCAUCCCAGAGGUCUCACUUCACUGCCAAAAAUGCUGCGCAACAGCUUCAGUGUGGCACAUGCCCUGCGCAACAGCUUCUCCAGCAAUGUCUGGCGUGCCGCCAGCUCCCAUGGACCCCGGCAGCCACUGGUGUCCCCCGACAGACGCCUGGAGAUGGCCCAUCCCACGUUCACGGAGCGCAGCCAGCUGAAGUACGCCCGCCGCCUGGUGGUCAAGCUGGGCAGCGCGGUCAUCACUCGGGAGGAUAACCACGGCCUGGCCCUGGGCCGACUGGCCUCCAUUGUAGAGCAGGUGGCCGAGUGCCAUUUGGAGGGCCGCGAGGUGAUGAUGGUCACGAGUGGAGCGGUGGCCUUUGGCAAGCAGAAGCUCGCCCAGGAGCUGCUCAUGUCGCUGUCAAUGCGCGAGACUCUCAACCCGAAGGACAGCAAGGAGUUCGAUGGCGCCACCCUGGAACCGCGUGCAGCGGCUGCGGUGGGUCAAUCGGGCUUGAUGUCCCUCUACGAUGCAAUGUUUGCCCAGUACGGCGUCAAGAUUGCACAGGUGCUGGUGACCAAGCCGGACUUCUACAACGAGGAGACGCGCAACAAUCUGUUCUGCACACUCUCCGAAUUAAUUAGCCUGAAUAUUGUGCCCAUCAUAAAUACGAACGACGCCGUGUCGCCGCCGAUGUUCAUACGUGACGAUGAGCCUGCGGGAGGAGCGAGGCGGGGAAUUCCCAUUAAGGACAACGAUAGCUUGUCGGCCAUGCUGGCCGCCGAGGUGCAGGCGGAUCUGCUAAUCCUCAUGUCGGACGUUGAUGGCAUUUACAACAAGCCCCCCUGGGAGGAUGGCGCCAAGCUGAUGCACACCUACAACAGCAACGACAGCAGCAGCAUCGAGUUCGGCAAGAAGUCGAAGGUGGGAACUGGCGGCAUGGACUCGAAGGUGAAGGCAGCCACUUGGGCACUGGAUCGUGGCGUCAGCGUGGUCAUCUGCAACGGCAUGCAGGAGAAGGCAAUCAAGACCAUCAUUGGCGGCAGGAAGGUGGGCACCUUCUUCACGGAGGCCACCGAGAACACCAAUACUGUGUCCGUUGAGGUGAUGGCCGAGAACGCUCGCACCGGAAGCCGUCAGAUGCAGGCCCUGACGCCCGCCCAGAGAGCCAGCGCCGUCAACACGCUGGCCGAUCUGCUGGUGAGCCGGGAGAAGUUCAUCCUGGAGGCCAAUGCCAAGGAUCUGGCCGAGGCCCAGAAGAACGGCCUGGCCAAGCCGCUGCUCUCGCGACUCUCCCUCAACUCGGCCAAGCUGAAGAACCUGGCCAUUGGCCUCAAGCAAAUCGCCGAGGACAGCCACAAGAAUGUGGGUCGCGUCCUGCGCCGCACCCGCCUGGCCGAAGGACUGGAACUGAAGCAGGUCACCGUUCCCAUUGGCGUCCUCCUGGUAAUCUUCGAAUCGCGUCCUGACUCGCUUCCCCAAGUCGCCGCCCUGGCCAUGGCCUCCGGCAACGGGCUGCUGCUCAAGGGCGGCAAGGAGGCGGCCCACAGCAACAGGGCGCUCAUGGACCUGGUCACGGAGGCACUGGUCACAGUCGGAGCCGAGCAUGCCGUCUCCUUGGUCUCCACGCGCGAGGAGAUUAGCGAUCUGCUGUCAAUGGAGAAGCACAUUGAUCUGAUUAUUCCACGCGGCUCCUCUGAGCUAGUGCGCAGCAUCCAGCAGCAGUCGGUGCACAUCCCCGUCCUGGGCCAUGCGGAGGGUGUCUGCCACGUGUACAUCGACCGGGAUGCGGACCUGCAGAAGGCCCUGCACAUCGCCCGCGACGCCAAGUGUGACUAUCCAGCCGCCUGCAAUGCAAUGGAAACCCUGCUCAUACACGAGGAUCUGAUGAGUGGCGACAUCUUCGGUGAUGUCUGCAACAUGCUGAAGCGCGAGGGUGUCAAAAUCAAUGCCGGCCCCCGUCUAAACCAGCAGCUGACCUUCGGCCCGCCCGCGGCCAAGAGCCUGCGGCACGAGUACGGCGCCCUCGAGUGCUGCAUCGAGAUUGUGCCCAGCCUGGAGGAGGCCAUUAAUCACAUCCAUACAUUCGGCAGCGGCCACACCGAUGUCAUUGUAACGGAAAACGAUGCCGCGGCCAAGCAAUUCCUCGGAAGCGUGGACAGCGCCUGUGUGUUCCACAAUGCCAGCUCCCGGUUCGCGGACGGCUUCCGCUUCGGCCUUGGCGCCGAGGUGGGCAUCUCCACGGCCCGCAUCCAUGCCCGCGGCCCCGUGGGCGUUGAGGGGCUGCUGACCACCAAGUGGAUACUGAAUGGCCAGGAUCAUGCAGCGGCGGACUUUGCAGAGGGCGGCGAGCGCACGUGGCUGCACGAGAGCAUGCCCCUGGACAACUAGGACUCACCAAUCUAAUCUAAAUUGUAUAUAGUUUUAAGUGCUCGGAUUCGUGUUCAAAAGAAGAAUGUUACGUACGAAUCCUCAUGAUUUCGGGAGUGCA